CUCUCUCACACCCACACAUAAGCAGAAGUAGGCGGCACGCAUUCGGCAACUCCAACCCCUACCCCUACCUCAGGAUAAACAGCGCGCCUCUGCUUGCCUGGGCCCGUAAGCGAAGACGCGGCCGCCGCCGCCCGCCGACGACACGGCUGGGAUCCGUGUGCUAGAGGAGGAAGGACCAGGCGGAGGAGGACGGUCGCACGCCAGCGAUCGAUAAAGGCAGCCAUGCGCGUCAUAGUCCCCCUCCAGGCCGUGGUGCAGGGGAGGGGCGGCCUCGUCCUCGGUUCCCUCAUCCCCUGCGCCCUCUUCUACUUCCUCCAGUUCUACCUCCGCCGCAACCGGCCCUCCUCCUCUUCCCCGCCGCCCCCUUCCUCUGCCUCCGGCUCCAACCUGCCCGAGCUCGCCUCCAUCCCUCGGUCGCUCUCGAGGGGCCUCCUCUCUCCCCGGGGCUCCUUUGGCCCAGCACGCCUCUCCUCGCGCGGCACCGCCGUCGUCAGGGACGACGACAACCCCUACUACGUCGGGUUGAAGAGGUGCGCCGAUGACCCCUACAAUCGCUCGACCAAUCCCCAGGGCUUCCUUCUGCUUGGGCUGGCAGAGAAUAGGUUGUCAUUGGAUAUAAUUCAAGAUUGGUUGGUCAAGAAUUGGAAGGAGUCAUUGCUGUUGGAUGACGAGGAGGAAGAGUUGAGUAUCCAGGGAUUGGCAACGUAUCAGCCUUAUGAUGGAUCAAUGGAUUUGAAGACGGCUGUUGCUGAAUUCAUGGGUCAAGUCAUGCAGGGGUCAGUUUCAUUCAAUCCGUCACACGUUGUAUUAACUGCAGGUGCCACUCCUGCUGUUGAGACACUAGGCUUCUGUCUGGCUGACCCUGGAGAUGCUUUUCUUGUUCCAUCACCUUAUUACCCUGGGUGGGACAGGGAUAUCAAGUGGCGAACUGGUGUAGAGCUUAUUCCUGUUCCAUGCCGAAGCACCGAUAACUUUAGCAUAAGUAUUGCUGCCCUUGAACUAGCAUACAACCAAGUAAAGAAGCGAGGCAUGAAGGUUCGUGCUGUUCUUGUUUCUAACCCCUCCAAUCCAGUUGGUAGUCUUAUAGAUCGGGAGACACUAUGUGGCCUUCUGGACUUUGUUAUGGAAAAAAACAUACAUCUGAUUUCUGAUGAAAUAUUUGCUGGAUCGACAUAUGGGAGUGAUAAGUUUGUAAGUGUGGCCGAGGUUCUAGAUGCAGAAAGCUUUGACAAGAGCAGGGUCCAUAUAAUAUAUGGACUGUCAAAAGACCUUGCUGUUCCAGGCUUUAGGGUUGGAGUCAUCUACUCUUACAAUGAAAAUGUCCUGGCUGCUGCAUCAAAGCUGGCAAGGUUUUCAUCCAUUUCAGCUCCUACCCAACGGUUGCUUAUCUCAAUGCUCUCAGAUAGAAAAUUCAUCUCAGAAUAUCUUGCAGUGAACAGAGCGAGACUACAUGACAUGCAUGCCUUAUUUGUUGACGGACUGAAACAGUUGGGUAUCAAGUGUGCCAGUAGCAGUGGUGGAUUCUAUUGUUGGGCAGACAUGAGCAUGUUUAUUCGACCAUAUAGUGAGAAAGGGGAGCUUAAGCUCUGGGAUAAUCUGCUGAAUGUGGCCAAGGUCAAUGUGACACCUGGGUCAUCAUGCCACUGUAUCGAACCUGGAUGGUUCAGAUGUUGCUUCACGACAUUGACAGAGAAAGAUGUUCCUACAGUUAUGGAAAGAAUACAGAAAAUUACCAAAAGCAAUUAAGUUACUGAUGUUUCAAAACUCACCUCUUCAGGCAUCACUUUUAAUAAAUUUAAGUGACUUCAAAUGUUUUUGUAGUGUGAGGAUGUUGUAGUUCGGCAGUCAGCAUGUCAUCUCUGGACUUCAACAUGCAACCAAAGUUAGGACACCGUCGCAAGAAUCAAACUUGGAGAGGUGGAGAUAAAGGGUGGUGUUGAAAUACUAAGGACAUUAUUGAAAUAUACAGUUUGAUGCGGCUUUUAACCUCCACAGCUGGCUGGUGCGACAAUCUUCUUGCUAUGGGUAUUAGAUGAUAGUUUAGAAUCUUCUGUACCUGUUCACUUCUUGUUAAAGUUGAAUUGGCUUUUCUAGUAGAUUGUGCAUAUUCUCCUCGUUAAGCUGCAGAUGUAGAUUCAAGAUUUUUGUUUCUACUGGUAGGAUGGGGGAUGUUCAUUGACAUAUAAUCAUUUUUGGUCUUGUUAUGACAUAAUUUAGUUUAUGAGUCA